AUGGCUUCCACGAAACAACUUUGUGAAUCUCUGGAACAGUACGAGGACGUGAUCCCGUGGAUAAAUGACACGUUAAGCGUUUCCGACGAUUCGGAUGAAACCGUUGAUCUCGUCGAGCUCGACCAUCACAUUACUCAACUCCUCACCACUCUCGACAUUGCUUGUGAAGAUACGUCGGCACAGCUAGAACGAAUCAUUGAAGAUGUCUCGCGCGGUAUCCCAAGGCUUGCUUAUGACCUUCACUUUAUGAAGGAUGGCGCUUUGACUUUCCAAACGGCGUUGGCGGAUGUUCUAUUGAGGUCCAAGGAAGCUGUUCCAGCAGAAACCAACAUAGCUUUGGACGACUUGCACCAUCUUGACAUGAUAAAAGGCCAUAUGGAGGCUUCCAGAGAGGUCCUGCGAGAGGCAGAGAGCUGGAGCACGCUUGAAGUUGAAGUCACUUCCCUCAUUUUGGAGAAAAGUUAUGCGAAGGCUGCUGCGAGGCUUUCGGAGGCAAGUAGAAGUAUGGUUGUUUUCCAGAACACGCCAGAAUAUGAUCCUCGUCGUACGCUUAUGGUGAAUCUUCAGAAUCAACUUGAAGCCUCCUUGAGCUCCGCUUUGGUGUCGUCUAUCAAUAACCAGGAUAUUGUCGCGUGUCGGGAUUACUUCUCAAUCUUCUCCGUCAUUCAACGAGAGUCUGAAUUUCGGAACUACUAUAACGCAUCCCGCCGAUCGUCCAUUGUUUCUAUGUGGCAGAAUGCACUGCUCACAGACUGUGAACCUACGUCCUCUCAGCCACCCGGAGCCCUUGCUCAGCCCUUCGUCGAGUUCCUUCAAAAAUUUUAUACGAAUUUUGCAUUAUUGCUGAAUGCCGAACGGACGCCUAUAUCUUCCAUUUUCCCCGAUCCAGCCAUUACGCUCUCACAUUUUAUUACAUCUACGCUCUCGUCACUCCAACCGACUUUUGCCCAACGACUCUCUUCCUACAACUCUCACCACGGCGAAACAAGUUUGGCUUUCCUAAUUCCGCUCUUGCGUGCAACGGAGGAGUUUGCCACUGGCGUGGAAAAGGUCAUGGACAAGAUCGAAUCAUCUGCUGCUUCUACGACCCAACCCCGUUCCAGUAGGAUCGAACGUCCGGCUACGCACGUUCGGAGACGUUCUAGUAGAUUAUCAAUAUCCUGGCGGCCAGAUCCAAGCAGGAUUCCACCAAGCGAACGAGGUGUUCCAACCCCUUCAGGAGGAGAAGUAGAUGCGAUGGAGUGGGACCAGGAACUCUUUCAACCUUUCCUUAACGCUCAAAUUGACUAUGGUUCAUUGGAGCAACGAUUUUUGGAGCAGUCUCUUCGAGAGAUUAUUACCAAUGAUACGCGGGAGAGAGUCCAGGAUAUUGAUCGGCCAAGGUUAUUUAGAGAGAGGGCGAUCGACAUCUUCGGCGUCGCAGAGGGAAGCAUGUCAAGAUGUGAGGCGUUCACCCAUGGUUAUGGUGUGAUAGGACUAUUACAUGCAUUAGAUGGGUUUUUUCAAUCCUUUAUUGACAUGUGGACGGCGGAUGUACGAAUGGAAAGUUCUGGCUCAUCUUCCCUUGUCCAGAGCUCCAUCUCUGUUGGCGAACUCUCAGAUCUAGACUACACGGCCCAAGAUUGGUCCAACAUCCAGCUUUCCCUUCACUUGCUUGCCUCCGCUCGAGCCGUAUCUGAACGUAUGGCGACGUUCGAAACAAAACUGCGGUCGUAUCUUGCUGAGGUUGCCGCUCACUUUCGGUUGGCUCGCACUGACCCGCAGAAUUUCAUCAUCGCUAUCACUCGGGGAGAAAGCCAACUGCUGGAGCAAUCUACGCUAAAUUCUGCCGAAUUGAAUGCGUUACUGACUAACAUCAGCAACGAUGCCUAUUCCCCACUCUCUGCUGCGCCCCACUCUGCUACCUUGCGUGCUCAGAAUUCUGCAGUCGCCGGUCCUGAGGUUUUGCUAGCCAGCGCUCGAAUGUCCCUUUCUACUUUCGCACAGACGUGCCAAGCAUCAAUGCAAAAGACAAUCUUAUCACCUUUACGCCAACACCUUGCCACCUAUGCCUCAUCACCGGUAUGGGGUUCACCUGGAGACCUGAAGGUUACCAAUUCGGCAAGCGAUCUACGUGUGCCAACGUUCUCCUUGUCGCCCAGUGACACUGUACAAAGGGUCGCUGAAGGACUUCUCAAUCUCCCCCGUCUAUUUGAAGUCUAUGCAUAUGAUAAUGCUCUAGCAUUUUCUCUCCAAACAUUGCCGAACGUGGAAUCCGAGUUCCUGAAGACGCUCUCUGAGCCACCUCCAGACACAUCAAGUCAAUCGACACGACGCCGCUCUUCGGUGGCUUUUGUCAAGCCAAUCACCCUCGAUCCUGAAACGGUUUCUUCAGCAUGGCUUGUGUCUCUCGGUCACACAUACCUCGAUUAUCUCACUAAGGAGGUGCUACCCUCCAUUACUUUUCUCUCGAUCGCAGGUGCUGCUCAGUUGGCCUCUGAUCUCGAUUACCUGUCCAACAUUGUGCAUGCGCUGAGUGUGGAGCAUGAGGCUCUCGAAAAAUGGAAGGGGUAUGUAAGCAUGGACGAGGAGGAGGGAAGAAGGGUUUUGGCGGAAGAGCGCUCUUUGGAUAAUGUUUUGCAGCAAGUUUCGAAAAUCCGAGCAUGGUUAUAG